AUGGGAUUAUGCCGCGAUCAAGUUUACAAUGCUGACGAAAGUGGUUUAAACUUCAAAGCAUUACCGACAAAAACACUCGCGUCUCUUAGUGAAAAGUAUGCACCAGGGUUCAAAAUGCAGAAGGAACGAGUAACAGUGAUGGUAUGCGCAAAUGCGAGCGGGAUUCAUCGACUUCCAUUGCUGGUGAUUGGUAAAGCAAAGAGACCACGGUGUUUCAAGGGGAUGAAUAUGAAUGCGCUACCCGUUCGAUACUGCGGCCAGAAGAGUGCAUGGAUGGAGCAAGAAAUAUUCGCUGAAUGGUUCAAAAAGGUAUUCAUUCCAUUGGUCCGACAAGAACUGAAAUCGAAGAACUUGCCGCCAAAAGCCGUUCUGCUGUUAGACAAUGCACCUACACAUCCAGAAGCAGGUUCGUUGCAAAGUGACGAUGGAAACAUCAAGUGCAUAUUUUUACCAGCCAACACUACUUCUUCAGUGCAACCAAUGGACCAAUCAGUUAUCGAAACAUUCAAACGUAGAUACAGAAAGAAAUUCAUCGAAGCUCUUGUUACGGAAGAGACUGUUUCUAUAAUCGAAUAUUGGAAAGCAUACAAUAUGAAAAAUGUUGUGUACAACACAGCUGAUGCAUGGGAUGAAGUCUCCGAAGAAACUCUUAAAAGAUCAUGGAACAAACUGUGGCCUGAGUCAACCGAUGAAAUUGCCACCGAAACUGUUGAGCGUGAUGAUGUGACAAACGAAGUUCUAGCUCAAUCGGCUGUUGCUUUUGGUCUAGAUGAUCAGAGAGAGCUAAACGAAUG